AUGAGCGUGACAGACCAGCCCCUUUCCGGAGUAUCAACUCUUUAUAUCCGCAAUCUCAAUGAGAAAGUAGGGAUUACUACUCUCACGAAAAAACUACGGUCGGUGUUUGCCAAAAAUAACUGGGGCGAGGUGGUGUCGAUCACCGCCCGCAAAAACCUCAAACUGAAAGGCCAGGCGUUCGUGGCGUUCAAAUCCCCACUGGAGUGCCAGAAAUGUUUACAAGAGUUCCAGAAAUUGUUGGAUAAUGAUGAUGAUGAUGAUGAUGGUUUCUUGAUAUUCGAUAAGAAGCCCGAGAUCCUGCUUGCAAAAACCGAUUCCGACAUGGCGUUGCAAUGUAAAUUCCCACCAACCACCGCCGAAGAAUUGAUAAACGAUCGGAAACUCAAGAAGCAACAACGAGAGAAAGCAAUCAAGGAAGAAAAAGAAAAAGAAGAAGAGAAAGAACUUGAGCGGAAGAAACAGAAACAACAAGGAAACCUGGAUAAUGCCAAUAAUAAACGAGCCAAUUCCGGGGAUUCGCAAGAACUACCACCGUCCAAGAAGACCAAAGUGGAUUUAUCAGCAUUACCCCCAAACAAAAACUUGUUACUCCAGAAUUUGCCAUCAGAUAUUACGGAAGACAGCCUCGUGGAGAUAUUUGGCAAGUUUGCUGGGUUUGUGGAGAUCAGAUUGGUCAAAGUACGUAAUGUCAGUUUUGUGGAGUAUGAAAGUGAGGCCGAUUCGAUGGUGGUGAAGGAAAAGUUGGGGACGACGUUUAAAAUCGGCGACGUUGACGUAUCGUUGAAUUAUGCUAAAAAAUGA